GGGGUGACGAGUUGCCGCGCGGCGGUGUGAAAGCAGCUUGGGCGGUUGCCGCGCGGCGGUGUGUAAGCACUAUCUCCAGGAGCGUGAACGCGCCGAGCCUACUUUUGCAAUCUUGUGGUCAACAACCGGAGACGCUGAACGAAAGGAAUUCACUGCACUCUGCUGGAAAAGUAAACUGACGGACAACAACAUUUUUUUUUUUUCCAGCACCCACGUUGAAUCCGUCUUCUAACCGUCAUUGAUGAUAAGAUGUGGCGGAAUGUGGGGCCCAUAUGUUUGGAAAAAAAAAGCAUGUUAAGGCAAAACCAUACACCUUAUUUUGCUCAAUUGAUGUUAAUUUUGUAUUUAGUUUUAUUUGAUUUAAAUAUAAUUGGCAAUGGUAUUGCAUCAGCAAAGUGUCGCCAGGCAGAAUACCAAUUGGGAGAUGAAUGCUGUCCUACCUGUCCACCAGGAAUGCAUGUUAAAAGACAUUGCACAGAAUUCACAAGUACAUCAUGUGCAUCUUGCACAGAAGGUACUUUCCAAGAUGGCGACAAUGGGCGUGAACAAUGCUUUUCAUGUAAACAUUGUGAUCCAGGUCUCGGUCUGAAGGUGAAGAAGUCGUGUUCAUCAACAUCAGAUGCUGAGUGUGAGGUCCUGGAUGGAUUCUUCUGUAGUGACUCUAACGGCGGUGGAUGUAGGGCCGCUCAGAGACGCACGGUUUGCCGUCCUGGUCAAUACAUCGGUCAAAGAGGAACAGCAGAUAAAGACACAGAGUGCCUUCAAUGUACUCAUGGAAAAUUCUCAAAUGGCACAUCAUCGUCUUGUCAGAACCACAAAAAAUGUGAAUCUGUGGGACUGAAACUGAUGAGACCAGGAAAUGAUUCAACUGAUUCAGAAUGUGGAGAACAUGGUCCACAGACAGGACUAGUGCCAGGAAUAAUAUUAGUCAUACUGGUAAUGGCUUUAAUAAUCUUCGCCAUUAUUCAGAGGAAGAAAAAAGCAUUUCUUUAUAGAAGACAUGUGAAGCAAAAGGGAAUAGCCGACUAUAAACCUGUACCUGCUAGUGACCGUCCUGAACCAAUCAGGGACCAACAUCAACAGGCCAUAACUGUCCCUAAUAAACCUAUGGAUGAUCUUGAGGGUGACAAGAGUCCGGGUCCAGUCCCUCCCUCAAGCCCCACACAUAAUGGAUCUGUUACAGUGUCAGUCCUUCAGGAGGACCAUCAGCCUGUCCUCAUCAAGAGAGACAGUGGAGCCUCCCAGUCCACCCCCAUCAGUCUGGGUCCCCCCUCCCCCUCCCAGUCCAGCCUCCACAGUCUGGGUCCCCCCUCCACCUCCCGGUCAGCCAGCAGGUCUUAUGUUCGCUCCAAAUCCGUACCAAGUCACUUUAAAUUCCAAAGUCCCAAGUUGACCAGUGACCGUGUUUCACUAGUGAUGGAUUAUGACAUUGCAGAGAAGUAUUGCUAGUUCUAGAAAAUCUUCAUCAACCUAAAAGUGAAUCUGAUGACUGAAACUCAGAAACUAAAGGAGGAAAUACACCAGUCUGAUUCCUUCCUGAUGCCAGUUUUCACAGGAGAAGAGGCGUGGUGUGUUUAACAUCAUUAUUUGAUCAAUCCUCACAUUAUUCUUCUAUAUGUGGCUCACAGAGCAAAGACAAAUGGUUGAUAAAUAGUGUGAGGUGUGCUCUGUGAGGCGACCUGGGAUAUGAUGGGUAAUGUUAGGAAUGUCUUUAUGGAGAUGUUGGGUGAGAACCACUUGUUUUCGAGAGUGAAUUUCUUGUAUGAAACUUUUUGAUGUUUUUAUAAAAAAAUGUACACUAAC